AUGAAGCCGUGCUCUUCUGUGGAGAGACAGAUGUUUGUUGGUGGAGUUCAACGCUCAGCUGGCCACAGUGUGGAUCUGAACUCCAGCUGCAGUUCACAUGUGUUACUGAGAGUAAAUGAGAGCGGCUGCCCGCUGGCUGUGAGCUACAGGAGAAUUACUCAGACUACAGCGGCUGGCUGUGCUCUGUCAGAGAAUAAACAGACUGUUCCAGUCAGUAGAUCCUCAGGAGAGUCUGUUCUUCUGUCCUGCACCUGCACUGACCAGCAGGACAGACCUGUGGGAGUUCAGUGGAGAACACCAAACCAGGAAGAUCUCCUUCAGCGCUACAUCAGCAGAGUUCAGACGUUUGACCAGAGCUCUGCAGGAAAUUUCUCUGUACUGAUCUCAGACCUGACUGAAGAGGAUGGAGGAACAUAUUCAUGCUGGAUAAACCAGAAUCAGUACAGGAACUUCAGCCUCACUGUUAAAGACUGCAAACUGUCAGAGACUCAGGAGAAAGACAUCCACAAAUAUCCAGGAGAGUUUGUUCUCCUGCCCUGCACCUGCUCUGACCAACACACCAAACCAGUAAGUGUGAAAUGGGAGCGUGUGGACUCAGGACGGACUGAGGUAUCCAAUGAGAUGGAGCUCUACAAAGGCAGAGUCCAGAUGUUUAAUAGGAACCUACCGGCAAAUCUCUCUCUACUGAUCUCCAACCUGACUGAACAAGACCAGGGAACAUUCAGAUGUUCAAUCAACAACAAACAGUCCAUCAACAUCAGACUCAGCAUUAGAGACUGCAAACUGUCAGAGACUCAGGAGAAAGACAUUCACAAAUAUCCAGGAGAGUCUGUUCUCCUGCCCUGCUCCUGCACUGACCAACGCACCACACCUGUAAGUGUGAAAUGGGACCAUGUAGACUCAGGAGGGACUGAGGUAUCCAAUAAGAUGGCAAAAUACACAGGCAGAGUCCAGAUGUUUAAUAAGAACCUUCCAGCAAAUCUCUCUCUGCUGAUCUCCAACCUGACUGAACAAGACCAGGGAACAUACAGAUGUUCAAUCAACAACAAACAGUCCAUCAACAUCAGACUCAACAUUAGAGACUGCAAACUGUCAGAGACUCAGGAGAAAAACAUUCACAAAUAUCCAGGAGAGUCUGUUCUCCUGCCCUGCUCCUGCUCUGACCAACGCACCACACCUGUAAGUGUGAAAUGGGAGCGUGUGGACUCAGGAGGGACUGAGGUAUCCAAUGAGAUGGAGCUCUACAAAGGCAGAGUCCAGAUGUUUAAUAAGAACCUUCCGGCAAAUCUCUCGCUACUGAUCUCCAACCUGAAUGAACAAGACCAGGGAACAUACAGAUGUUCAAUCAACAACAAACAGUCCAUCAACAUCAGACUCAGCAUUAAAGGCUGCACACUGUCAGAGACUCAGGAGAAACUGGUUUUCAGAUCUCCAGGACAGUCUGUUCUCCUGCCCUGCUCCUGCACUGACCAACGCACCACACCUGUAAGUGUGAAAUGGGAGCAUGUAGGCUCAUGUGGGACUGAGGUAUCCAAUGAGACGCCACGAUACACAGGCAGAGUCCAGAUGUUUAAUAAGAACCUUCCAGCAAAUCUCUCUCUACUGAUCUCCAACCUGACUGAACAAGACCAGGGAACAUACAGGUGUUCAAUCAACAACAAACAGUCCAUCAACAUCAGACUCAGCCUUACAGGAGAGAAGAGAGAAAUCUCAUGUCAGUCUGAUUCCUCAGGUUCGCUCAUCCCUUGGAUUGUCUGUGUGGCUCUGCUGUUUAUAGUCAUUGGACAAUCAGCACUGAUCUACAAACUGCUCCACAAUAGGACACAAGGGUCUGCCUCUACCAACACUGAGAGAAGAACACAGAACAUAGCUGAUGAUGAUUAUGAAAAUAAUCCUUCUGGAGCCCGGAACAAGAUCAGCAUGGCUGCAAUCUACCAGAGCCUGGACCCCAAAACCAAUCAAUCAGAUUCAGUCUACCAGGGCCUAACCCCAAACACCAGCCAAUCAGAUUCAGUUUACCAGAGCCUAAACCCAAACACCAACCAAUCAGAUUCAGUUUAUCAGAGCCUAAACCCAAAAAUCAACCAAUCAGAUUCAGUUUACCAGAGCCUAAACCCCAACACCAUCCAAUCAGAUUAAGUUUAUCAGAGCCUAAACCCAAACACCAACCAAUCAGACUCAGUUUACCAGAGCCUAAACCCAAACACCAGCCAAUCAGAUUCAGUCUACCAGAACUGAAACACCAACACCAACCAAUCAGAUGAGCCUAAGCCCCAACACCAACCAAUCAGAUUGUCUACCAACACCAACCAAUCAGAUGAGCCAGUCUGCAUCAGUCUACCAGAGACUAAACCGCAACCAGAGCUGAAAUCCCAAUACUUACAGAGCUAAACCCAGAUUCAUGUGUCUAAACUCUUCAAAAUACUGCAGCAAUAAAUUGCAGUUAUAUUUUGCGAUGAUCAUGAUGAAAAUAUUAGACACUGCCUUUUCAUUCUAAUCCAGGAAAUAUCAUUCUAAUAGGAAAUCUGAAGAAACCUGUUUAACUCAACUUCAGUUCUGUAAACUUUAUCUAUGCAUUAAAUCAAGUUAAGUUAUAGAUUAUUGCUUUCAAGAAUAUUUGGUGAACUUAUUUACAAAAUAACUUUAUUUCAUAAUUAAUGUGUUUCUCGCUAGAGCUUAAGUUACAUUUCAGUCUUUGCAUAAGUCAUGAUGUGCUCUUAUUUACUGUAAUAUUGGUUCUCUGAAUGUUAUGUACGCAUGUUUAAUGAAUAUAUGUAUUUGAAAUGAAUGUCAGUUGGAUGCAGAAGUGUUGUGUAAUUGUGUGAGUGUAAUUUUUCAGCAUUCAGUUCUGUGUUUGUGAUAAAUAAUGUGCUUUUGUAUAUCUCUGAUUGUAUUUUAAAUAGUUGAGCUUGUAUGAACUUGUAUGAAUUGGAUCUUCUUAAUUUGUCAUAUUGUAAAUCCAUCCAUCCAUCCAUUUUCUAAGCUGCUUCUCCGUCAGGAUCGCGGGGGUGCUGGAGCCUAUCCCAGCAGUCAUCGGGCAGAAGGCAGGACACACCCUG